AGCAGUUAAUAAUCUGCGUAGGCAGGUGUAUGAAUAGGCUGACAGGUAGUACAUGGCAGACCGGUAUUAAUAUCAUCAUCGGCUUCCUUUUCAUUAUGAAUGUAGAGCAGAGAGGAAUCCCUGUUCAAAUAUAAUGGCGAAUCUAAUGAGAGAAUUAGCAAACAUGAUAAAUUGCAAGUUCAUUCAUCAAAAUAAAAUUGCACGUCUAAAAUUUUUGCACAUGUAUUUUAUUCCUUUUCUGAUAUGUGCACUUCUGAUCAGAGCGAUGAGAAAAGUGAGACAAAUUUAUAACUAGCGAAUCUAUCAAUAGCUGAAACACAACUUUGAUUUUGCGUACAGACAGACUUGACCUUAUUAAAGAUCACUGUGCAUAAAUUCGUUCAUAAUCAAUGUGUCUCACCCUAAACGCUACCACCGUGGCUUAACUUCUGGGUGGUUAUCGUGAUAAAUACGUAAAAUCCACCGCAUAAAUGAAUCCCUGAGACAUAGGAAGGAUUCAUCAACUUUACAUGUCUUAUGGUUUUCAUCCCGUCGUCAAUUUUAAUUUUAUGUCCCGUCAUUUCAUUAUCAGUUGACACGACUAGCGUACGGGUUAAAGAAAGUAAAUAAAACUAUUGAAUACUGAAUACAGCGUCAUCGUCGUCGUCGUCAUUUUAUGAAUUAGUUAAACAAACCUUUUAUUACUCGCCAGGCAGGAGUAACAGCAAACCCUCAACAAAUUAAACAUAUACUUUACCAAGAUAAUCUUCACACUAAAACCAAACUUAAAUAUUAUCAUCAUCAUCAUCAUGCCUAACCUCAAUAAUCGUUUUUAUUUUAUUCGCAGAGAAGAAGAAGAAGAAGACCAAGCAAAAGCUCAGAGCAAAUCUCGCAUCAAGUUUUUACUUAAAGAGUCCUCAGGCAAAAAAGUUUGCAACUGCACUUUUGCAACACGACUAAAAGGCAGAGAGCAGGUUUAAAAUCUUGUUAAUCUUCCUCUCCUUCUUCCUCCUCGCAAAGUUUUAUCAGGUAUCCAUCCACAGGCAGCACAAGCCACAGAGAACAGACACCGAUAUUGGCAUUACUUUUUUCUUCUUGCAUGUUGUUGUUGUUGUUGUUACUUUACCUCAAAGCCAAAGCAGAGGAAGAACACGAAGGUGGUUCCUCUUGAGAGGAGAAGAAAUUGAAUUGGUUGGUGGAAGUGCUAGAGUUGAUUGCUGUUAGUUAGUUAGUUGACCAACUUGCACCUCUAAUUGUGCAAGUAGCUGCCUUUUGAUAAAAGUGGUGGAAUUUCCACACAGUUUUUUGCAAAUCAAUUCCGUAUUUUUAGCAGAUAUGGGUGAUUAAAGGUAGCGAAACGGUCUCAAUUUACCUCCGGCGUAAAAAAAGUCUCACGUCUCGAGAGAUAGAACUGACUUACUUUUUAGGAUAUCACUCACAAUGGAACGAGCAAGGCACAGGCUAAGAAGGUUGGCGUUGGUGGCGUCGGGUUGUGGUGGUGCCGAGAAGAGAAUGCCGGAAAAUGAAAGGCAGACAGUUUUUAGAUUUAGAAAAUUUUCAAACUUUAGUGGUGACAAAUUUAUCAAGGUGUGUUUGGUCUCGUCGGCUGUGAUUUACUUUUUGUGCUUGUCCAGUCAUCCCGUGCUCAGUGCAGAGGUUGGAAUUAACACUGGACAACGAAGUGGUGGUGGUGGUGGUAGUGAAAGUAAUUCGUCUUUAAGUCAUCUUCGUGAGAUUUUACAUCGUGGCGAAUCCAGCAGGUCGAAAGGUGGUGGUGACGACCAUGGAGAAAGUGCGUUCGACAGAAGUAUCAGUGAAUCAAAAAAUAUUACAAGAGAUAAAAUAUCGUCUCAUGUCAAUAAGCACCAUUCAAAUCCUGGACAUAAUCGAGAUUUACUACACAAUUGCAAAAAUUGCAGUAGUACUAAAACUUCUGGAAAUGAUCAUGUUCAGCCAGAGAACGAAGAGAGUGAAGACUCACAUAAAAUUGAGGCUAUUUUGAGAGAUAUAUUUUUAGAUGAGCUUGACGACAACGCCUUCGCACAGGAAGACGAUGACGAAGACGAGUUGGAAAAUUUCAGUAGUUCUCGACAUGACAUCUUGGAGCACAAGGCUGAAGGAAAGUCGAACCUUGAAGCAGGAAUCGUGUCCCGUCACGCCCGGUCAGAACCACCCCUUUUCCCCCAAGGGAGGGCACAUCAGGGCGGAAACAAUAAGGGGACACGGGCCGCUCCAGGAGAAAAAGGCAAAAACAAACGAGCCGACAAGGGAAAGAACAAGAAGAAAGUGUCCUCCAAGGGAAGUGACUUGUCCAAAUACAACGAGUACAUGGACGCCGUUUUCAGCAGGAUGAAUGUCAUGAUCAAGAAGAAGCGCAUGGAUCCGCUGAGAGUCAACUUAUACGCUGGACCUAGCAAGACCAGCCAGAAGAAGAAGAACAAUAAGAACAAGAACACGGGUAGUAGCAGUACUAACAAUAAGAACAAGAAGAGGAACCACAGUCCAAGAAUGGAUCUGGAGUCCGAGGAAGAGGACGAACUGGACGAAGAGGGUGAGGAGACUGACAGUGAAGUUGGUCCAGCAAGGAAAAAUAUUUACCUGGAAGUCGCUCAUGACGAAGAUGACGAUGGUCCUCAAGCUCUGGAUGAGGAUGAAGAUGAAAUUGAGACUCGUGAAGCCAACGUGCGGAAAAUAAGAGCGAUCCUUGAGAAUGCCGGCAAUUCAUCAAGUCCUCUUCUUGAAGAACAUCAAGACUCUGAAGGACCAAGAGGAAAUGAAUCCAAGCCCAAGAAACCCAAAGUACCCUCAAAUAAGGGAUCAAAAUCCAAGGACAAAGGUCUUCAAAAAGGAAACAAUAAGAAAAACAAUAAAAAUUCUCAAAGUCAAGAAAAGGACAAGAACAAGAAUAAGAACAAAAAACAAGCACAACAACAAGCUCAACGCACGAAACCCACACGAGGAAUUUUGCAUGGAUUAUCAUCCCUUAAACGGGACGGAAAUGUGGCCGUGAUCCGACAAGGAGACAAGGUUCGCAUCGUACGAGCAAACUUUAUCCUGGGACCGGUCGCACUGGAAAUCUUGCCAAAGAAGACCAAGAAAUCUGAAGAUUCUGACGAUUCGACAAAGCCGGUCGCUGCCACGGCCACGGCGUCGAAACUGAAGGGAAUUUUAGAAGUUCGGCUAAAGAAGGGUGCCCCCACUCAGAUCCGCAAAUUGCGCGUGUUCCCACCAAAGUCGGUGAAGGUGAAUGGCACUGCGGGGUCAUCCGGGUCAACCACGACGACGACCGGAGGAGGUAAAAGGAAACCACAGCAGUACGGAAAAGUGACACCAAUGGCCACCGCACGCUUGAGACAAGUCGCCUCCACCGUGGUCAAGCAGACGGACAGCAAAAGGAUACAGCCACCCAUCUCAAAAUGAAGAACAAAUUGUCAAAUUAAAUCUCACAAAUAUCUUGCUAUUUUUUCAUUGAAAAAUUAGCCGCAUUCAAAAUUGUUAAGUUUGCGUAAUUACAAUGAAACUUUUGCCAUUUUAAUCGUGCCGUUAAAGUUCCUGUCGACCCUACUUUGUACGUAUUUAUUUUUAAAUGUUUUCUUACUAUUUAUUUUGUACGAGUCAAUAAUAACUUGAAAUAUUAUCUGCAUUCAUGAAAAUUAUUCUUAAUUUCACAUCUUUUAAAUUAUUAUUAAUAGCCCAUCUUUUUAUGACUUUUUGAUCUUGCUCGACAGGCAGAUCUUGAAAAUAUCCCAUGUAAAACUUUGAACUGACUAGUCUUCCUUUUUUAUACAAUAAAUGAACUAAAUACAUAUGUAAAGUGUAGCAUAAUUUAUGGAUCUAGACGAGUAAAUACGUAUUUUUAGAAGUACUUUAAGUUUACGUGUUUUGGAGAGGCUAUACUUAUUUAUUAUUUAUGUAUGACCACUGAAUUUAAAUAAAGACAUUAGUGCAAAAGAGUA